GAAAUAAGACCAUUAAAUUUCUGCCAGGCAUAUUAGUUAUUUUGUGCAUAAUCAGCAAUUUACCUGGGGUGGUGCAUAGUCAUUUUCUGGUAAAACAUUAUACUUAGACAAAUUUUUCCUUCCAAUGACCACCCCUAAAAGCAACCCUUCUAAACACUAUAAGCACUUCAGAAAGGCUGUCGCUUUUGCUUUUCGGAAGUUAGAGCUAUGUCGGCACUGCCGGUUCAGGGCGGGGUCAUUUUCAGGACUUUCGCCCCGGAUUCAGGUUUUGGCACAUAUGCCAUGUUGACCGCCAUGGUCAUUUUACCCUAAAACAGUUGAGAUUACCUGUGGUAAAUGAAACGCAUACAAACUCCUAUACAGGUCCUAGACUAUGAUCGAUAUCUUCAUGCACUAGUGAAGAUAUGGAAAAUAUUUCAAUGUGUGUUUUUCAGUAUCUCGCUCUCUACUAUAUAAUAAAUACACAUAUAUUAACCCUUCAAGUGGCAAUGUGUCUUAAUUACUGUAUUAGUAGUAUUACUGUAUUAUGUUACAGUCUAAUGUCAGACAAUUUUACUAGUCAAGGGGAGAGCAUGUAGCCAGAGCAUGCUGCCACUAUGGUGCAAUAUAUGAUCUGUUUUUACCAAAACCAUAAUGAUCCCAAGCUUCAAACUGAAGUGUCAUGUUUCCAUAUUCAGGAAUGGAAUUCUAUUAUUAGCAAAUUUCAUCAUAGUUUCUCACAGACCAAUCAGACAUCACCUCUUCCAAUGUUAGAAAUGUUGUACGUAGCAUAUUCUGAAUUAAUUACCUGGAUAGUGCAUCGAUAGUGACUCACUCAUCCCAACAGCUUGUGGGCAACAUUUUUUUUCUUGCCAUGUAACUAUCACAUCAUACUGUGUAUGUGGUUCUGAACAGACAAUGGCAAAGUGAGUAUCUAUUUUCUACCCCAAGACUCUUCCCUUUGAGUAAAAUAAGAAUGUCUGGGUUCAUUUGGGCACAUUGCUGCUUAAUGGGCUGACUAUAUCUCAGGGGCUGCAUGCUCAUUGGCAGAUAGUAUAUUUAACCCACUGAGUGGCAGCAGUGAGCAGUCUCCCCUUAAAAUCGUCUGGCAUUACACAGACAGUGUAAAACAAGGGCUCAUCAGGACAGGCAUAUGUUGACACACGUAGGUGGGCCUCCUCUACUCAAAUAUUUCUGGUCUCGUGAUUUUGUGCUUGUCUAUAUAUAUUAAUCCUGCACUAUAUGAUGGACAAGUAUAAAAAUUUCGCACCAUAUAAACAUGUAAAAACAACCACCGAAUAUAAAUUACAAGUAUUAAAAACUGGCAGUCUGGCAAUAAAACCACAAAGGCCAGUGCUGACACAAAACAACAUAAUUUCAUGCACACAGUAUCUACUCAUUAACAAUAUUUGUAUGUCUGCUAUUGAAAUAUUUGCUGUAUAUAUUAGGAUGAUGAGUUUUUGACAUAUGAGUGUAUUUAAUAUAUCUCGAGUGAUAAGACCAUGCAAGUCCCUAGAAUUAUUAAAGUUAAAAAAAGUUUCGUGAAUCUUACCUGAAAGAAUUAGUCUUUCUUUGCAGUGAAGUGCUGCAUCCACAAGCGAAGCAAACCCGCAUCCUUCCUCCGCGUUGUAAAACAAGUAAUGUGCGAUGGAAAUAUUAAGAUUUUUUAGCUCAAAAACAACAGAAAACUUGAAAUAUCUUUAAUAUUUCUGUGCAAAAACCAGGGGGGUUAAGGACAUCGUCGGAAGCUUAGGAUCGCGGUUGGUCAGUGGCAGUUACCAUGAAAAUUUCGGAAGUGUUGUCAUGGCAAUGGCGUAAGAUCCGCCAUGUUUUCGGCUUCACUUGUUGAUGCCGAGCAGGUCCUCCAGUAAUAUAGUAUAGCUCAGUGUUGGUCACCCACGCCCGCGAUAUUUGAUGAACUUUAGCUAAUGCUUUGGCUAAUGCUUGGCUAAUGCUUUCGUUUCCCCGGGUGUAAAUAGCCCGGGGGGAAUUAGUACCCUCGCACGGCGCUUCGCGCCGCCGGCUCGGGGAUUAUCUUACUCCGGAUCCAUUACGAUGCAUUGCAACUGCUUUGGCACGACUUUAGACAUGCUUUACCAGAUUUAGACCGACUUAAGCCCGUUUUCCACUAGGCGAAUUUAUUCGCGCGACGCGAAGCGAAAACCGAAAUCCGGCAACGUGAUUGGUCGGCGAAAAAAUUCGCGGCGAAAAAGUAGGAUCGCUUCCUACUUUUUAUCUGUUCGCGCGAAUAAAUUCGCCUAGUGGAGAACGGGCUUUAGGCAGGAUCACAACUGCUUUGGCAUGCUUUGAACUCCCUUUACUCGACUUAACCCACCUUACAACGACUUUGACAUACUUUAGACAUGCUUGUUAUGAACAGAGUAAUUAUUAACAUUUAUAUCGUUUACAUUAUCAGAAACAUUAUGCUAAUUAGGUUUGUAUUUCCACUUAAGGUGGCUCCCUACAGUUUUCUAAAAUUUUAAGUAUUUUAGGUAACCUUCGUUUUCAACCAAAUUUAUAUUGAACACACUUAAGACAGGGCAAUAUAAUCACUUCCAGGAAAGUUCAGAAGUCUUCUGCCGUCGAUAUAUGAACAAAUAGGAACAGUGUUAGUGUUGCCAAGGCAACCAUGACGUUUCAUCUUUUGCACUUUUAGUGUCUAAUUUUACAAUCAAGUGGCAAUAUCUUUUUUUUCCUUCGGUCAAUUUUUCUGAAUUUUUUUUUAAAGAUUUAUGGUUGAAAGAGGAAUGACAUAUUAAAAUUUGAAGGGAUGUUUAUAAGGCAGGUUUUGAGAUAUUCAUGAAUAACGACUACAAAAAAUCUGUCUUAUAGAAUUUCUUGAAAUUUUGAUAUGUUUGGCGAAUCGUUAUGCUUAGCAAUCGUGCAAAGUUUAAAAAAUUUUCACCGAAGGAAACGCGAGAAAAAUAGUCCUAAAUCCAGUUGAAACUGUUGACGUGACAAAAUAUCGAUUCGACAUGAUCACUAUUUGCGCAUGCGUGUAAAUUAUAAUGCGUGAGGAACACGAAACGCGUACGGUUUAUAGUUGGCUUUUUUAGCAAUUUUCACUUUGAGUUUUUGGCUUAUAUGUAUCACACAGAUAUUUUUUACUUAUUUUAAAUGAAAAUAAAAGAUAAAUAUGUUCAAAAUACGAAAGACAAUACAGCACUAACUUAAUCCAACGUUUCUUAAAUUUAGUUUUGUUGUGAAAAUCGGUGUGAAAACGUUUCAAAACAUUCGAGUACAGUUUGAUUUUUCGUAUAAAACAACUCGUAACUGUCUUCAUCAUAGUUUUAUUGGAUUCAGCAGAUAAAAAACUACAUGUGAACUGAGUUGAAUGACAGGAUUUACGUAAGUUUCAGUGACGGUUCAGGAGUGCCUUGAAGACAGUAUAAAAUAUAAUUUCAGUCCGUGACACUGUUGUUGAACAUUGUGAGCAUCAUGAAAUACAGUACUAAACGUAUUAAAUAUAUAAAAAAACACACUGAAGGUAGGUAAAAAACUAGCUAACAACAUACGUACUGUUCGAAUGUUGAAAAGUUUAGGAUUAUAACAAAAAACUGGCGUUUUCUUUGUAGAUAAAAAUACAAAAACAACUUCCCGCGGCUUGUUUCAAGACUUUUACCGGGCCACGAAGAUUCCACGCGCGAGUCGCGAGGAUGACGUCUGAGCUAUAUAAAUGUUUUAAACUGGACUAUAACUGUAGGGAGCCACCUUAACUGUCGAUCAUGUACGUAAUUGUUUUGUUAUUGUAAAUUUGUAUUGUUUCGAAGUAUAAUAUAUUGUUUCAUUGCUGUUUAUAAGAAGGAGUUCACAGCGAUUUAUGAGCGAUUUACCAUAUUUAUUACAUGGCGCCUGUAAUGUAGUCACGUCAUGUCACGUGAUGUAAGAUAUCUAAGUAUGAGAGAGAGACCACGUGUAAGAAAAUAGGAGUUUGAUAUUGAAGGCAAUAAAAGUACCUUUUUAGACUGUACAACCACAGUUAAUAAAAUAAGAUGGUUUGGCUAGCCGGCAAACUUCAAACGGCAAAUAUGUUGAGGCACAAAGGAAAAAAAUAUCACGUGACGAGAUAAGGGGGUGAUUGUCUCAAAUACACAAGGGAUUUAUAUGUUGCAGCUGGCAAUAUUUUCGUCUUUUCUUGCCAAAAUAUUGCACUAAAGUAACUCGGCUUUCUGUGAUACUAAAGUAUAACCAAGUAAAGGUAAUGGACGACGAUUUGGAGGCAAUUGUGUCGAUUACAGAAGAAAUAGAAGGCGAAUGUACUUCGAGUUUGGUUGGCGAGGAGUGUGGGUUUGCUGAAGGUGAAGAUAUUUUGCCGUUUAACUUUGUAAAGAAGUACAUUAUAACGCCAACUUGGGGCAACUUGAAAACAUAACAAGUUGAAUCCAAGCGAGAUUAUGAGCGAAUCGAAAGAGAAAUUAUUGAGACCGAUUACGAGCGAAACGAGGCGGACAUCGUGGUGUCUGUAGGGUUAGGAUAAAACACGGAUACGGACGUACGGAUGGAUGGAUGGCGGACAGACGAAUGAGUGGCGGACGGACGGACGGAUGGCUUCCAAAAAAUGUUUUUCAGCCUUUUUUUAGUCAUAUCCGCGUUUUAUCCAAAAGGAUAAAACCUUUUUCUAGCCUUUUUUUAGUCCAAAAACUUUUUUCUAGCCUUUUUUUAGUCAUAUGCGCCCCAUCCUUUCUGCCACGGAUACCUACAACUACAAACUCGCAAAAUGGCUCGACGAGAAGCUAAAGCCUCUUUCCACCAACGAGUACACUAUUCCUGAUCCCCUCUUAUUCUCCGAAGAACUGCGAAAGAAAGAAAUCCAAGAUGGUAAAAUUCUAGUUUCGUAUGAUGUUUCUUCCCUCUUUACCAACGUCCCGGUUGAUGAGACAAUAGAAAUCCUGGUAGACAAAGCAUUCAAUAACGAGUGGUUCAACAAGACAUAUAAUAUACAGCUCGAAAGAUCGGAACUAGCCAACUUGUUGAACUUGGCCGUGAAGAACCAACUUUUCCAGUUAGACGGUAAGCUGUACCGGCAGGUAGACGCCGUUGCGAUGGGAUCACCACUUGGCCCCUUGAUGGCGAACACCUUCAUGUGUUCGAUUGAACAGAAUCUCGUUGACAACAACCGUAUGCCCUCGUUUUACCACCGUUUUGUUGAUGACACCAUUACCACCUAAUGAAGUUUAGCAUCGGCAGAAGAUUUUCUUAAUACCCUCAACAACUGCCAUCCAUCCUUGAAUUUUACAAUGGAAUGUGAAGUCGAUGGGAAGCUGCCUUUUCUUGCUAUAGAAGCGAUAAGAACGCAUGGCCAUAUCGAAACGAACGUCUACGUCAAACCAACAAAUACCGGCCUCCUUCUCCACUACCAAAGCCAUGUCGAUCGUAGAUAUUAGAGAUCAUUGAUUAUUACCAUGCUAAACCGUGCAUUCCGUUUGUCGUCAUCCUGGAAACACUUUGUGGAAGAGUGUGAUCGUCUAAAGAACGUUUUUGCCAAUCUACGAUAUCCUCUCAGACUCGUUGACACAAUCAUCUUUGAGUUUGUAACCAAGAAGUACGCAGAAAUGAACAGCUCGAUCCCAACUCUGCCCUGCCGUUUAAAAAUCAGAAGUCGUCUGAUAUCGUGCGAAGACAACUCGCAGGCCUUGGUUCGGUGAUUGGUAGAGCAUUAGAGCCAGUGUUUAAAAGUAGAAAGAUCAAAGAAGAAGUUAAAGUUCACGAGAUGAAACCACCAAUUGUAAAUCAACAACACGUUGUAUACAGAUAUAAAUGUGAUCUGUGCGAUGCAGUUAUGUUGGCUAUACUAGUCGGCACUUACAUCAGCGCAUUGAUGAGCACAAGCGCUCGGUAAUCGGGAAACAUAUGAGGGAAGAUCGUCGAGAGGAUGCGUCGAGAAUUGAAGGUUGCUAUUCAAAAUAUUAAGGAACUAUCGCCGUCCUUGAGCACUCAAUCGGACUCGAUUCGUUCAAAACUUUAUACUUAGUCCUAUAAUUAAUGGACAUUAUGUUUGUUUUGUUUAGUAUGUUUGUUUGUUGUUGUUUUUUUGUGUACAUGUUUGAUACAUUUAUGAAAGACAGAAAUAUGUUUAAUCUGUUUUAUGUUUUUUAAUGUAAUUUAUUACGUAAUAUAAAUUUAAAUUUUGCAUGCUUGCGCAAUAAUUUGCUAACGUGACACGAACGGUUUAAUUAAAAUCAACGCAAUAUAUGUAAUUACUAUAACUUGAAAAUGAUGCACGCUGUAGCAUCGAAACGUCGUUUAAUAAAUGUAAUAUCGCUGUCAUUUGUUUCAAAAUUAUUUUCAAAAAAGUUUUUGAUUAAAAAUUUAAAUUAUGAUGUUGAAAAUAUGCUCUCAUUCAUUAUCUUCAUAUAUUCCUUUUAACAUUGUCAUUGUCAUCAAAUACUCCAUGGGCAACGGCGCGAGCAGGUUCAAGUUGGUGUAAGUCGAGGUAAGGGAGUUGAAAGCAUGCCAAAGGCGUUGUAAUCCUGCCUAAAUUGGUCUAAGUAGGGUAAAGCAUGUCUAAAGUAUGUCAAAGUCGUUCUAAGGUGGGUUUACUAAUUUGGCCAUACACAAACAAUGCUCCAACUAUAUUCUUGUUCAUAUCUGUAGUAUCUUGAAUUUAUUGUGUAUUAGGGACCGGUCAUUAUUCAUGGUAGGAAGGGGGGAAGCAAAAAUAAGGGAGGAGCAUAGGUAUAAAUAAAUUACUAGAACGAGGGCUAUUAAAUAUUUUCAAGGAAAUGGGGUAGGCGUCAAAAAACUGGGGUUGCAAUUAAAUUUGAAAGAAUUUGCUUAAGCCUGUUUCAUCACACAUCCCCUACAAUGGAAAUUGGAGGUUAACCCCCUAUACCCCCUUCGGAUAUCCUAAUACACUUAUUGUUAGAAACAAAAUUUUCUAACCCUUUCUAACGACGGAAAAUGGGAGGAGGGGCGGGGGGGGUCAGAGAAAAAAUUAUAUUAUUAAAUUCUAUAAGCUUUCAAUUUUUUAAUAGAACAAGGACAAGAAAAUUCUCCUCCCCCUUCCAUAAUAAUGAGCAGUCCGGUAGUCCCUAGAUUUCCUCUGUAUGCCAUGUUCUCACUGCAAUCUAAGAUUGUUCAUUAACUUUUUGUGUAUGACUCGUGUGGCAAUUAAUUUUAAAGCAACUAGCCUAACUUUAACAGAACUGGAAUCACAGAGUAGAGACAUACAGAGACGUAACUGGUGUACCCACUUUUUUUGUGCGCAUGCUCGGCGGGUUACUAGAUGCAUGCAUCUGAUUGGAUGACGACCUGAUGACGACUCACUUUAAACUUGCUGAGCACGCGCAGUUGAUCAUUUUUCGCCCGGUCGUCUGAAAAAAGUGGGUAGAUGAUAACGUAAUCUUCCGCAGUGUUUACGACGGUCAGUUACGUCUCUGUAUGUUUCUACUCUGUGCUGGAAUUGUGCACAGACCUGGAAAUAGUGGUGGAUCCUGGGAACGACGUUCCUAGAAAAUGUUUUGAUUGCUAGAAAGGAUUGUCAACUUUCUUUGGCAGAAAGUUUUGAAAUUUGUUUUAAAAAAAUUAUCCAUAAAAAUCAACAGAAAGGUUAAAAAUUCCCCAAUUUUUAUUAGAACUGAAAACGCUUGUAUAAGUGAUAUCACCUGAUGCACAAAUCGGUCAAAAACGUUUUUCACUUGAGCAUACAUAAAAAUAUUCCUUGAAAUUUAAAUUUCUUUAUCACACAACUUGCAAAUGUCAAAUUAGGUAGUAAUAAACGCUUAUACUGUAAGUUAUAACUACAACUGUAAUAGACUAUUACACUAUAUAAGCAUUUAUUACAAUUUAAUUUGAUAUGCUAAGACCCAAGUUGGUAACAUUAGUAACAUAGAAUUAAUAUUAUCCAAUAUCCAAUUUAUUGAUUAAUUGAAUAGAUUUUGUUAACAGACAAGGCUGUGAAUCACAGUUAAUGCCUAACAGCUGUAAGAGUCAAAAUUUAAGUACGUUAAACCAACUAAAUUUUGUGACAGUGUUUUCAAAGAAAAUGCCCCCCCCCCUGGCCUCAAUUUGUCAUAACAGUGUUUUCAAAGAAAAUAUUUCCCCCCUGGCCUAGGAUCCAAGAAAGGCUAAAAUUAUUUCCAGGUCUGAUUGUGCAGAAAGCUGUUUAUGUAACAGUAACAGUAAAAACUAACAAAAAAGUACAUGGGUACUGUAUCAAACUAGAAGAACUCUUCUAAUCAAAUGUUUGUUUGUUUAAUGGUGCAAAACCAGACGCCAUGCCAAAUGCAGAAAUAUCAGUCAAGGAAUUUCCAUAUUAAUAAUAAUAAUAAUAAUAAUAACACUUUAUUUAUUGAGGAUAUAAACAGAUAAAGUUACAACUUUUUUCCAAUCUGGUCCUCCUAAACUCUAUAGACACAACAAUAACAUUAAACAUGACUAUAUUCAGUACUUCCUAGGAGUAUGAACAAAUGAAAUCAUGGGUAUAAUGUAAAGUAUUAACCAUACUACAAUCAGUUGUUCAUACCUCGAGAAAGCCCCAAUUUUCUAAUUAGGCAAUUUUCUAACUAUGUUUAAAUUAUAUUUACAGAAUAAUAUGUCGAAAUACGUUGACACACAACUCACAAGUGUCUAAAGUGACAUUAUAAACAUGACAAUAUUUGGCACUUUCUCCAUGUACGAACAACCGAAAGUUGGAUCAUGUUCAGCUAAAACUGCAGCAUGAACUUCGGCAGUUCCUACAUCAAGAAAGCAACCAACUUAUAGUCUUUAUAAAGUUAUCAAGAGAAAACAUGCAAACAAACGAACACUAAAUGUUCUUAACAAAGAAAAACACUGUCACUGAUACUGAUUAGACUAUACACUUAUAUUAAACAAUUAAUUGCUAAUGAUAUUUUUAGAUGUCUUAAUUAAUAAAGCCUUAUGCUGUUAAGUUUAGUUGAACUCACGAGUUUCUGACUAAAGUAACUCUUGCAAUAUUUGUUGAAUGACGGCUGCGAUGUUAUUUUCUUUGCCUCAUUAGGGAAACUGUUCCAUAAGGUAGAUGCCAUAAAUGAAAAUCGUCGUUUUCCUGCGUUAGAUCUAGCUUUGGGGAUGUGGACAUUAUUAUUCGCAAUAGCUCUUGUUGAAUGGUGGUGGGUUGGUUUUUCCAUGAGAGUGCUGAGGCAUGGUGGACUGAUGUCAUAUACUCAUAUAUGCAUUUGAAGGUCUGUAGUAGGAUCCUGUGGCGAAUGGUGUCAUGAAUUGGGAUAAAGUUGAUUUCUUUGAAUAAUGUUAUUGAUGGGAUAGUGUAAUCAGCGUUUAGAAGAAUCCUCGCGGCACGUUUUUGGGCAGAUGUUACACGUUCAAGAGCGUCUGUACUACAAUUACCCCAAACGCUACAACAAUACUCCAGUGUUGGCUUUGCUAUGCUGUUAUAAAGGAGAAGGUGGAGCUUGGGUGUAAGGUAAGGUUUGGCUCGUUUCACAAGUUCAAGUUUGUUGUUGUAUUUCUUGAUAACGUGAGAAAUUUGGGUGUUCCAUGUGAGUGAGUCAUCCAUGUGCACGCCAAGUAGUUUUUCGCAGGUUGUUUGGGAAAUGGUGGUUCCGCAGAUAGAAACAUUGAGCGGUUCGUUGAUGGUUGAAAGUUUUUGUCGUGAUCCAAUAAGCAUGACCUUAGUCUUGUUGGGAUGGAUGGCCAUUCUAUUCUCAGAGGCCCAGUUACUUAGGUUGUCAGCACCAGUUUGUAGAUGUGAUCUAACGGUGUUGAUGGAUGUCCCUGACUUGACCAAGGUGGUGUCAUCUACAUAGAUGUAGGAAUUGCAUUCUUUGUUAACAAGUGGGAUGUCGUUGAUGAAUAAAAUGAAGAGAAGCGGUCCAAGUGAUGAACCUUGUGGAACACCGGUAUGUACUGGUAGGAGAUCUGAAGAUGCACGUCCGAUAGACACUAGUUGCUUUCGUUCCGUGAGAUAAGACUUGAACCACUGGAGUGUUGAUUCUUUAAGACCAUGAAUGGCAAGUUUCUGUAGUAGAAGGUCAUAGUUUAUAAGGUCGAACGCUUUCCGGAAGUCUAUAAGGAGAAUUCCGCUGAGAUUUCCUUUGUCCAUAUCAUUAAGUAGUGAGUCUGUAAGUUGGAGUAACAUUGUUUCACAAGAGUGGAACGGUCGUGAUCCAAAUUGGGAAUUGGUGAGCAAGUUGUAUUCUUGAAGGUAACCAUGUAGAUGUAGACCAUAAAAGCGCUCCAAGAUCUUAGAUAGCACAGACAAAACAGCGAUAGGUCUAUAAUUAUCCUUAUUUUGUCUCGAGCCUUUUUUGAACACAGGCGUGAUCUUGCUGAUUUUCCACUGGUCUGGAAAAAUACCCGAGGUUAUGCUAGUGUUAUAGAUGUAGAGAAGGGAUGGGAGAACUUCGUUGCAGCCGACUUGAAGAAGGUGGAUGUUUAUCGAGUCAACUCCUUUUGCUUUGUUACACGACAAGUUGUUGAUUGCAUUCAGAAGGUAUUCUGCAGACAUGGCUGGAACCGUGAAGUGGUGGUUAUCAGGAAGGCGAGUUUUCACAAAUUGUCGAAGUGGUUCUAAAUUUGGUUCGUGAUGCGUUGUAUUCAAUUUGAAAGAAAAUGUUUUCAAUUGAGUUUCUUACCAUAGCUUUCUUCUGUGGACUUAGUGGUCUCAAUCUUGAUGCUAAACUUAGACAAAAUAAGGACUCUUUAUCCAUUCCAUGGGCUGCAGGUUGCCUGUUUUGUUGACCUAACAACUCUAAUGAUUUGUCAAAUAUUCUCAUUACUUUUUCGUUAUCUGAAAAUAAGGGAUGAUUCAUCCGUGGCAUCAAGCUCGGUGUUGUCCAUGUCUGACAAAGAUCCCGCAGCACUAGCUUCUCCAAUGGCAGAUACAUUUAUGAUGCUUGUGAUGUUACUCUGAGUGUAUAUCCACACCAGGCAAACUUGAAAAAUAUGCCUGGCCACGGUGGGAAUCGAACCUACGACCUUUGGAAUACUAGCCCAAUGCUCUGCCAACUGCGCUACGUGGUCAGGUCGGUUUGACUAUGUCAUAUUUUGGAACCGAGCCUAGUUCCUUCGAUAUCAAUGUAAUCUAGUAAUCAUGAUUAUUGCUGUAUUGGUAUGAUGUACUCGGGUGAAUAUGAUGCUUGUGAUGUUACUCUGAGUGUAUAUCCACACCGGAAAUACACAGAAAAAAUCAUGAUUACUAGAUUACAUUGAUAUCGAAGGAACUAAGCUCGGUUCCGAAAUAUCACAUACUCGAACCGACCUGCAUGACCGCGUAGCUCAGUUGGCAGAGCAUUGGGCUAGUAUUCCAAAGGUCGUAGGUUCGAUUCCCGCCGUAGCCAGGCAUAUUUUUCAAGCUUGCCCGGUGUGGAUGUACACUCAGAGUAACAUCACAAGCAUCAUAUUCACCUGAGUACAUUACACCAACACAGAAAAAAUCAAGAUACAUUUAUGUUACUAUGAGUCUUUAUAUGAGGUAACAGCCACCUAAGAUGUUCAAACUGAGGAUCAGUAGCGCCAAUAUCAGAUAAACCAUGCAGAUCCAGAUUUUCCUUUUUGCUUAGCUAAAUACCUUGCAAACGAUGUGCGAAUUGUUUUGUAUCUCCGUUCAGCUUCCUGCGUUGUUGUGUCUAACAAUCUAGCUUCGUCUUCCAACCGUUUUCUUUCUUUUAUCGUGAAAAUCUUUACUUUUUUGUUGUAUAGCGUUGGAAACUCUCGAAUCAACUCCAUAAAAUCGACAUCACUAUUUAUCUCCGGUUUUGCAAUAACAACAAGCCUAGCGUCUCGCUCAUCUUGAUCCGCCAUCUUGAAUUUCUUGUCGGCGACUGUCGCGAAAAACAUUUUUUUUUGUUUCUCGCGACGCCGUCGCUGAUGCUCGCCGCUUGUCGGCGAUAUGUUCUCAUAUGUGGCCGAUGUCGCCAAACGCUUAUCGCCGACUAUCGGCGACAUAUAAGAACUAGCCUUAACCCAGAUCAACAGCGUCCCAACUCGAGAUAACAACAUCCUUAACCUUAUUAUUACCAAUGUACCUGAACAUGUUAACAUAACUGAUGUGGAAUCGCCAGACAACGCCGUCGUUUUUACAGACCACUGUGUACUCCACUACGAGUUGAAUGCAUUUGUUGAAAUUCCAAAAACAAAGAAUCAAAGAUUCGUUUACAACUGCAAGAAGAGCAACUUUGAAGGUUUACGUUCCUCGUUAUCUACCAUUGACUUAACUUUGUGUAUAGGACAUGACAAUAUUAACGACGACUGGAAAUCUUGGAGAAAUACUUUUCUUGGCGCUGUUUCGAAAUAUGUUCCAAGCAAAAAACUAAAAAGACGAAAACAACUGCCCUGGAUAAACGGAACGAUUUUACACCUGAUUAAGAAAAAGCACACUGUGCGGAAAAAACUAAGAUCGUCCCCGACGAGUCAUCUACGUGAAAAAUUUAAACAUCUACGUGUCACGAUUAAACGUAUGUUUCGCGAAAGUCGAGAACAAUUUUAUGUGUCUUUGGGGAACAACUUCCAAGAGAAUCCAAAACGAUUUUGGUCCGCAAUGAAACAUCAGUCCAAACAACGAUACAAUCUCUACAGCUGGAACAAAGAACGAUCAAGAAUCCCAGUCACCCAGGAUCAAAGCUGACAACCCUAAUGAUAUCACGUCCAUUUUUAAGAGGUACUUUGCAUCAGUAUUUGACUCUGAUGACUCUUUGAGGGAAGAAACCAGCCAUGAACUCGAGACUCCAGUCUUGUCUGAGAUCAUUCUGACAGUUGAGGAAGUUUUUUAAUAAGUCCCUAUAUAAGUCAAGGUGCUCUCCCGGAAGAUUGGAAGAUCGCCAACAUAAUUCCUGUAUACAAGAAAGGUGAAAAAGAAUAUGUUGAAAACUACCGGCCGUUUUGCUGAUGAUACAAAACUGUUAAAAAACAUCAAGUCCAUAAGACAGCGAACAGCUUCAAAACGAUCUCAAACAUUUAGAAAACGUGGUCUGAAGAGUCUGGUCUCAAUUUUAACGAAACGAAAUGCAAGACACAACGUAUAACAAGACAGAUAAUAUCAUGCAAUAACAUUUAAUCACAAACUUAACAACGGAAACUUAGUACAGACUGAAUGUGAACGAGAUCUCGGCGUUUUUUUGUGGAUAUAAGCUUACCUUGGAACAGACAAGUGUACGAGCAGUCAGCAAAAUCAAAUAAACUAUUGGGUUACAUCAGAAGAUCCACAAUGUAUAUCCACAACCAGGAAGUGAGACACACAUUAUAUCUUGCACUAGUUCGGCCACACCUGGGGUAUGCUACCCAAAUAUGCAUGGGCACCACAAUCCAUCGAACUAAUGCGCCACCUUGAACGAACACAGAGAAGUGCAACCAAAUACAUCCUUAGUCUUCCAUUCUCCUCCUCUUCUGACUAUACCACCAGACUUCAAACCUUAGGCCUAUAUUCACUGAGCAGCGAAGUGAAUAUAAUCUUGUGAUCAUCGAGCCUGAGGUGACUAAUUGUUUUAGAAUAAAUUCAGUAUUGACAAAUAAUAAUAUAUACAAACGUUGUAAAAAUAAUUUAUUUCACUCUUCCGCUUUUGCGUCAGACGAGUCCAGCUGUCGGAACUGUGUCGCCCGACUCUGUUAUUUUCCGGUUUUAAAUUGCCAAAUAAAUUCAUUUAUGCAUUUAAAAGGUGCUUUCGUCUUUCGGAAAUAGGUUAACACCUUAUGUUAUCGUUUCUUUUGCUUUUAGAGUAAUAGUAUGUGCUUUAAUUUCUUCGAUUUUUUCUUCCAUCAUUAGUUUUUAAGCCAUUUUGUCAAAGCAGUCUGAACAGUAACUAUAUUGCUCAGGGAGCCCAUCAGAACGCUUGAAAGCCAUUUAAAAAAAUCAAUAAAAAUCGAUAAAGGGCGCUUUCCAUUUGACGGAAAUUCCGGAAAUUUUGCUUGAAAAUCAAAUGGAACACGUUAAUUUCUGGAAUGCUGUUUCGAAUAUUCCGGACAACCUCGAGAAUUGGAAAUUUCGGAAGUUUCGAAAUUUUUACAUUCCAUUAAAACAUUUCCCAAACAACGUUGCUGCUUUCCAAAAGUUUUUUGAGCAAAAACCGCCCCCAAAACCAAAAUAGCGUGCUCUUGACCAUUUCAGCGCCUCGAGUCUGGAUUUAUUUCGCCGAAUACUGAAAGAAGAGAUUUGAGUGGCAGUGUCAAACUCUAGUCGAAAUUAAAGAAACAUCAUUCCAGAAUUUAACGUGUUCCAUUUGAUUUUCAAGCAAGAUUUCCGGAAUUUCCAUCAAAUGGAAAGCUCCCAACAAGCCUCCCAUUAUUUACAAGGCCUGUCACGCUGUAGCGUUCCGUUUUGCCACUGGACAUUCCGGAACCGCAAACUGAAUUUUUUGUUCAAAUGGAAAGCGCCCAAAAUAAGAUAGUUUUGGUUUUGAUGUUUAGGGUACAGUCUUCCUUGAUGUGUUUUCUCCUGAAGAAUAUGACCCGCUAGAGUUGAACAAUGCCUGCAGGCCAGGUCCACUAAAGGUACUUCGUGCACUAUUCUUUUUUAACUUUGCCAGGAGAUUAUGUUUUUAUCCGUGUUGGCAUGUGUGUCUGUGUCUGUUUGUCUAUCAGCUAUUUAUAAAAAACUAUUUAUACAUAUAAUACAAAAAUACGUUUGUGGGACUAUAAACUAUACUAUUUGUGGGACAAUAAACUAUUUAUACAUAUAAUACAAAAAUACGUUUGUGGGACUAUAAACUAUACUAUUUGUGGGACAAUAAACUAUUUAUACAUAUAAUACAAAAAUACGUUUGUGGGACUAUAAACUUAACUAUUUGUGGGACAAUAAACUAUUUAUACAUAUAAUACAAAAAAUACGUUUGUGGGACUAAUAGACCUUUCCCCUUAUGAGUGAAAUUUUGAUCUAGAUAUGCCUGGGCAACAAUUUCAUCACAGCUUGAAAGAGUAUCACAAAAUUAGUAAUAUUCCGAAGUUUCGUUGCGAAAUGUUGUAAAAUGCGUAUAAUAUAGCCUUGCGAAGUUUGCCGUUUUUCAGUCAUUUUGCAUUACAAUCUAACAUUUUGCAUCAGUUUGAUCAUCUGAUUAUCAAUUUCCCGUUUGUAAUGCAAAAUGACUGAAAAACGGCAAACUUCACAAGGCUAUAUUAUCCGCAUUUUACAACAUUUCGCAACGAAACUUCGGAAUAUUACUAAUUUCGUGAUGCAAGCUGUGAUGUAAUUUUUGUCCAGACUUGUCUCGAUCAAAAUUUCACUCAAAAGGGGAAAGGUCUAUUCAUGGAUUAAAUUUGUGGGACAUUGCCCAAGAACAAAUUGACAAAAUUUUGGUUUAAAAAUUGGAUGAGAAAUUAGCAAAUGUUUGUCUUGCUUUCCCAGGCUGAUUAAACUUAAUGCGUAAUUGCCCAUUGUAUAAUUUAUGCAUGAUACAUAACCUAAUUUGGUUGCGGAGGUACGCAUGCAGUCUCCGACUGCCCUCUAGUUAAUUUUGUUUCUCUGCAGGCAAAGACUGAAAAUCUGGAUAGAAAGGACCCGUUACUGCAUCAAGAUUUUAAAAAGAUCGUGGAAGAUCAAGACAUGAUCAGAUGUCAGACAGGACGCACCACGAGGGCAAAAGAUAUCAAAAAUUAUCAUCUACCCCCCGAGCCACUUGUUCCUCUUGGAAGACAGAAUACAACGUGUAGAACGUGGCUGCGUAUGCCAAUACACGACAUCGAUAGCACGCCUCGGUUAAAGAGCAGGUGCGUGAUUUUACAUUUCGUUUAUAUGCUUCUUCAAACACUAAUUUUCCUCUUCUGAUAGAUGUGAACGAGUGGAUGAGUUAUGAAUGUGCAAAUAAGGGUACAUAUACUUUCAUAGCUCAUCUGCUCGUUGACAACUUGACAUGCAUCAGACAGACCUGGAAAUAGUGGUGGAUCCUGGGAACGACGUUCCUAGAAAAUGUUUUGAUUGCUAGAAAGGAUUUUCAAAUUUCUUUGGCAGAAAGUUUUGAAAUUUCUUUAAAAAAUUAUCCAUAAAAAUCAACAAAAAGGUUAAAAAUUUCCCAAUUUUUAUUAGAACUGAAAACGCUUGUAUAAGUGAUAUCACCUGAUGCACAAAUCGGUCAAAAAAAGUUUUUUUCACUUGAGCAUACAUAAAAAUAUUCCUUGAAAUUUGAAUUUCUUUAUCACACAACUUGCAAAUGUCAAAUUAGGUAGUAAUUUAGUAACAUAGAAUUAAUAUUAUCCAAUAUCCAAUUUAUUGAUUACGUUAAACCAACUAAAUUUUGUGACAGUGUUUUCAAAGAAAAUGCCCCCCCCCAUCAACGCAGUAACGUGUGCGUGGUGUAUCCCGUGUCACUUCGGGAACUUCAUAAUUCAUAUAAUAUAACGUCUUUCCAAGUCAUAUCUGUUUGUGGGUAUUGCCUGUCAAGUCUUCAACGGCAUUGAAUACCUCAAUUCAUAAGAACUUUGCCACGAACACAUCGAAAGGAGGCCAAUAAUAGACCUUACGCAUUAUGACGUCACAAGGCUUGAUGCCCGCAUGGAAUGCUGGUCUUAGUAGUCAUCGCCCGGGAAAAUUUCGAUAUUGGCCAUUUUUAAUAAUUGUUCUAUUUUCCAGGGCGAUGACUACCAUAAAGGCUAAUUUCCACUCAGGAAAAUUAUCCCUGGAUUGGAACGGACAAGAAAAUUUUUCUUUGUCUUGUGAGCUCUAGGUUGCAACUAAUGACUUUAACACAAAGAAAAAUUUUCUUGUCCGUUCCAAUCCACGGAUAAUUUUCCUGAGUGGAAAUUAGCCUUUAGACCAGCAUUUUUCGCAUGCAUCAAGCCUUGUGACGUCAUAAUGCGUAAGGUCUAUUGGGUUGAAGUGCAAUAUACAGUAAAGUCUAUAUAAAGGGUCCGGUGCCAAUCAGUACGCAAGUCCUGUUCUGUUCCCCAGGCACACCUAUGUCGUUUUGGCAUGUGAAUUCUCU